AUGCGAGCUCCGGGCUGUCAGACUCCUUUGGCAGCUUGGGCGAGGAGGGAGGCGAUUAGGUGGGGCAGGGUUCUGUUGCUCCUGGCAGCCUGGGCCACCAGCACGAGCUUAAGCUGCACAGCAGGGCCCAAAGAUGAGGCAUGCUGCUGCGUCGCCGCAAGCUGCUCUGACACAUUGAAGUCAUUGAAGGAACUUCAGACACAAAACAAACAGCUUCGAGCCCAGCUGAGCCAAAGUCGCUGGCCCGGUUUGAAGUGCUUCAUCUCGGACGGGCAAAUCUACAGUCUUCCUUUGCCGGCCACAAAGCAGAAACGCAUUCAUCGACCAGCAGAAGCCAGGCUCGCUUAUUUGGCUGGCUUCUUCGAUGGAGAUGGCUCGGUAAGCAGCAUCGGGCGCGGAACCCGUCUAAAGGUGAGCCAGUCUUUUGACCAGGCUGAGGUUCUGAUGCUCUUCCGCAAAACACUUGGAGGGAGCAUCGCUUACGAAAAAGUAGGCAAGGGUUUGAGCAAACCAUCGCUUCAGUGGUACGCGGAUGGCCAGUCGGCCCGAAGGGCAGCUGAUCUGCUUGCACCACAUGGCAUCACCAAGCUGCGGCAGCUUCUGCUGUUGGCCCAGUGGCCCGAUGCAAAGUCCCCGCAAAGAGAAACCUUUAAGGCCGAGUUGCGCGCUCUGAAACAGCACGACUCUGCGGUGGCUGGUCCGUGCAGCUGGGAGUACUUCACCGGCUUCUUCGAUGCAGAGGGCUACAUCGAACAGCCGCGUGGAGGAGCAUCGCUGAAUCUGAGACUCGGACAGAAACAUCCACAAGUGCUGAAGUGCCUUCGCCAUUUCUUAACUGAACACUCAGCAUUGAUGCAACGAUUGCGAAGAAAGGAGUCUCCAUGCAUGAACUUACGGUCUGCGGGUUGGGCCCUUGCAAACGGAUACUGCAACGGAUGUUGGAUGCUGGAUUGCUUUGCAAAGCGAAACAGGCAGAGCUGGCUUCAGACCUGA